UGGAUGCCUGUCAUUUGAGCACCUCUUUGACGCAUGUUUGAUUAACAAACGGGGCAUCCACACCGAUCCGCUCCUGAAGUCUCAUGCGCAGGCUGUGGUGCGUGAGUGUGGGCUGUGUUCUGUGGGCUGUGGGCUAGAGAUUAGAGUUAACAAAACUCACGACAUUUUGAGUCCAAGUCCAAGUCGCAAGCGCCGAAAUUUAUUAAUCUUGAUUUGUUUGUAUUUUGAUUACUGAAAUGAAAUUAGCAGCUGGCGCUAAUUGAUGCAUUAGCUCUGAUCGCGACUCCUCGUUCUUGGCUACUUCUGGACUGUUGUCGUCGUCUGUUGUGGUUGUGGCCUUCUUCUUCUGCCCUGUCUGUCUGCAGCAAUCUAGUAUCAGUCCUAUAAAUAAUUCAAGCUUGCAGCCAAUUACCCAGAAAAAGUUUCUGCGAAAGAACUUUCGCCUAAUUGCUUGCAUAACAACUCAAUUAGGUAGACUUUUCACCGCCGAAUAAGAAGAUGGGCAGAGCGGGGGAAAAAGGCUCUCUAUAUAAAGGAGGCUUCCUGAAGAAGGACGCUCCAUUAUCGUUCCGCUAUGUGGUCCUUCCAUCGGCUGCUGCGUCGCGAUCAACCGCUGAGAUUUUACUUCUUUGCCGUGCCCCGGCUCAGCCUGGACAUCAUGGGCUACUGGCCGAUGGGCGACGAUCUGCCCGCCCGUGCCAUAGUCCACUUUGUGAUCCUCUCCAUUGGCGUGGUCACGGAGCUGCAUGCGGGCCUCAUGUUUUUGCAGAACGCGCAGAUCACCCUGGCGCUGGAGACCCUCUGUCCGGCCGGGACGUCUGCCGUCACGCUGCUAAAGAUGCUUCUCAUGCUGCGCUAUCGUCGGGAUCUGGCCAACGUGUGGAUGCAGCUGCAAAGGAUGCUCUUCGAUACGGGUCUGAACAGGCCGGAACAGAAGGCCAUCAUGCAUGACCAUUCGGUGAUGGCGGCGCGCAUCAAUUUCUGGCCGCUGUCCGCGGGCUUCUUUACCUGCACCACCUACAACCUGAAGCCACUGCUCAUUGCCUUGAUCCUGUACUUGCGGGAUCCCGACCGGGAGCUGCCGUGGAACACACCAUUUAAUAUGACAAUGCCGAAAGUUCUGCUGGCGGCUCCAUUCUUUCCCCUGACCUAUGCCUUCAUUGCCUACACGGGCUAUGUGACCAUCUUUAUGUUUGGAGGCUGCGAUGGCUUCUACUUUGAGUUCUGUGCCCACAUCUCGUCCCUCUUUCAGUCUCUCCAGGAGGAAAUACGUUCUAUCUUUCGCCCCUACGAAGAAUACCUAAAGCUGACGCCGGCCCAGUGCGCCCGUUUGGAGCUUCAGUUGAGGGGCAUUAUCAUCAGACAAAAUUCGGUCUUCGAGCUGAUAAGUUUUUUCCGCAAACGGUAUACUGUCAUCACGCUGGCGCACUUUGUGUCCGCUGCAUUGGUAAUCGGUUUUAGCAUCUGCAAUCUGUUGACCGUUGGGAACAACAGCCUGGGCGCCCUGCUCUACGUGGCCUACACGGUGGCCGCCCUCAGCCAGCUCCUCGUUUACUGCUACGGCGGCACUCUGGUGGCCGAGAGUAGCGUUGAGCUCUCCCGUGUGGCGGCCUCUUGUCCUUGGUCAUUGUGCGCACCCAGGCAGCGUCGUGUUAUUUUGCUCCUCAUUCUCCGAUCGCAGCGAGCACCGACCAUGGCGGUGCCGUUCUUCUCGCCAUCACUAAACACGUUUGCAUCGAUACUACACACGUCUGGCUCUAUUAUUGCAUUGGCAAAGUCCUUUCAAUAGAUGGGACAUUGUUGGAAGGCGCAAGUGCUAGAGGUAAUCUG